UUUGCUGUUGAGAUUCCCCGCUACUGUUUAAGUCUGUACAUCAUCCCAGUUCCCACCAACCAGCUGUCAAAUUUCUACUUUUAUCACUAUUUCCAGUUUUAUUUGCAGCACUUUUGUUCCAGUUGAAAUUCCUUGCUCGCCCACUGUAAUGGCUCUAAAACCAUCUUUAGUUGUAUUACUAUUAAACCUUGUGCCCAUCUUCCUCGUGAUAUCAGGAGCUUCUUGUAAGGAAAAGAAUAUGGUGUUUUACGUGCAGGAAAUAGUGAGUGGAGCGAAUGCUACGGUACUUUCAGCUGGAGGAGUGAAUGGAUCGUCUUCGAAUGUUGAAGCAUUUGGAACAGUUUUUGUAAUAGACAACGCCAUAACCCAAGGAUCUCACCCCAAUUCCAAGCUAUUGGGAAGGCUUCAAGGAGUGGAAGCCAAUACAGAUCUAAGUGGAAAGAAUUAUCAUAUGGUUUCCUCUCUUAUAUUUGAGAAUGGAAGCAGCCUUGAGAUCCAGGGGACAAUAAGAACUCAGGCGGCAAAGAGGGAGCUGUCUGUUGUUGGAGGAACUGGGCAAUUCAGAUUCGCCCAUGGAUUUGUUAUUGUUGAAGUUGUAGCGUUUGAUGGAGUCAAUCUCACAUUUAAGCUGAGUGUUACGGUUCAGACAUGAUCUAAAAGUGAGUGAUAAAUAAAAAGUCUCAUUGUUUGAGAGGGUGAGUCGCCCUGCUUGUUCCCAUCAACUUGAGAGUAUAUAAAUUUCUUUACACACGAGAGAAUAUAUUAGGCUGAAUCUUCACUGCUUUGUGCAUUCUGUGAGGAGUCUUCAUGUUUUAUAUAUCUGCAUAAGCACAAUGAUAU